GUGGCAGCAUUUAAUAAAGUGACAACUUACAGGUGCCCCAAAUUUGCUUAGUUUGCAAAUAGAAGUCCUUUAUUUUGUAUUCGUCAUGUUUGCAUUGGAAUGAAAAUAUACAAGUUUUCAGUGAAUUUACGUCCGCAGUUUUUUCCAUAGUUUUCUCGAUAUAUAAAGUUAUAUCAAAGCAAGUUGACAACAUGUCGCGCCAGAUGAAUGGUGGGAACAUGCAGCACAAUGAGAUAAAUAUCGAUCAGCCACAGGAAUUGUGUUUCGAGAAAUGCCCAGAAAGCAGUGAGGAGCAACACAAACGGUUGGAAAUCGAACGUUUGCUACAGGAACAUAAGAACUGCAUACCAUUUCAAAAGCUUCAGGAGUUAGCACGUUCAGACCACGGACUCGUAACUGAUGAGCUCCGGCGAUUGUUAUGGCCGCAAUUGGCUGGUGUGGAUACAUCAAAUUUAGGUCCUGCACCAAGUCUCAGUGAUUUACAAACUCAUCCCGAAUACCAACAAGUGGUGCUCGAUGUAAAUAGGUCGCUUAAGCGUUUCCCGCCUGGCAUUCCAUAUGAGCAACGUAUAGCAUUACAAGACCAACUGACUGUUUUAAUAUUGCGAGUGAUAAAAAAAUACCCAAACUUGCGUUAUUAUCAAGGUUAUCACGAUGUAGCGGUGACGUUCUUAUUGGUCGUUGGCGAAGAGGUAGCAUUUGCGGUUAUGGAAGAGUUAUCAACAAACCACUUUUCUGAGUGUAUGCAGGAAACAAUGGAUGCUACGCAAAAACGUCUCAUGUUUAUAUGGCCACUAGUAGAUUUCGAAAAUCCGCAACUAUUUCAGUUUCUACAAGAAUCUGCUGUAGGUACACUAUUCGCGUUACCCUGGUAUUUAACUUGGUUUGGACAUAGUUUGAAUUCGUAUAAAGAUGUGGUGCGACUAUAUGACUAUUUCUUGGCAUCCCCCAUUUACAUGCCUAUAUUCGUGACUGCUGCCAUAAUAUUACAUCGAGCUGAAGAAAUAUUGAAGGUCGACUGUGACAUGGCUUCAGUUCACUGCCUUCUGUCCAAGCUUCCCGAUGAUCUGCCUUUUGAAGAGCUUUUAAAAACAUCUUCCUUUUUAUAUGACAAAUAUUCAUUGACUGUAAUUGAGAAACAUGUUGAAGAACUAAUUAGAAGAGAAAAACUUCAAAGGCAGUUGGAAGAAAAACGCAUUCAAGAGCGAAGAAAGCAACUUGCUCGCAAUGCUCGCGCCGGUAAUAACGCAUUUGCUCGUUGGUUACCGCAAGUUCUCACUCCAAAGUCAAUGAUAGUAACAACAGCAUUCUCAAUUCUUGUUGGAAUUUGCGCAUACUACUACAAAAACCAGUAUCUAUCGGCAGGAGUUAGUUGAGUAAGUAUUUACAUGCAGCAAAGCAAAAAUCAUGCACUGCGGCAUGCUCCUGCCCCAAUUUGGAACUGGAUGAUCGGCUUUUCUUUUUAAUAAAUGCAUACAAAAUGUAUUUAUAAGUAAUUUUAAUCACUCAUAGGCAAGGUUGGAAAAAUACGUUCACUAUAUUAUACUAUAAGUUUCUUAUUGCUCUUCUUAGCUGGUACAUUAAGGAUAUUUUUAUUAUUUUUUGGUUUAAUUGUAGUUCACUUAUGUGUAUUGAUUGAUAAGAAUAUUGUUAUAUAUAUUAUAUUUGUUAUGCAAGAGUGGUGAUUAAGAGCGUAAACAUAAAAUUACAUAGCAUAGAGCUUCUUAGCAGCUAUGCCCAUGCACAUUCAUUACCAGAUAUAUUCGUAUGAACCCGAUGUAUUUAUAUAACACAAACAUAUUGCAAUGUAAAUUUUAAUCGAAAUUAAUGCGCAUAGAAUAAAUUAGAAGGAAAUGUUAAUAUUUCAAAAAACA